CCUACUUGCAUAGAGUCUUGUCAUAACGUGUUCGAGUUAGUCGGUAUUUAUAUUAUAAGUGUAAUUAUUAUUCAAGUAAAUGGUUAAUAUGCACCAAAGUGUACAUAUAAAAAACUUUUUAAUUUCAAUUAGCUUGGUAUUAUGUAUAUAUUAUCAUCCAACAAACAGUGGAGCUGUUCAAUUAACAGCCCAAAAUUUAGAUAUGACUUUAGCCUCAAAUGAAUUAGUUUUUAUAAAUUUCUAUGCAGAAUGGUGUAGGUUUAGUAAUAUGCUUCAACCAAUAUUCGAUGAUGCGGCAGAUCGUGUUGCCGCUGAAUUUCCAGAAAAUGGGCGUGUAGUAAUGGGAAAAGUAGACUGUGAUAAAGAAAGUUCUGUAGCGACACGAUUUCACAUCACAAAAUAUCCAACGCUUAAAGUUAUACGUAAUGGGCAACCAACAAAACGAGAAUAUCGUGGCCAACGAUCAGCGGAAGCAUUUACAGAAUUUGUUAAAAAACAAUUAGAAGAUCCAAUUAAAGAGUUCGCAACAAUACGUGAACUCACUGAUUUAGAUUCUAAGAAACGUAUUAUAAUUGGAUACUUCGAUCGACGUGAUAUGCCUGAGUAUAACACAUUUAGACGUGUUGCCACUAAUUUAAAAGAUGAUUGUCAGUUCCAUGUUGGAUUUGGUGAAGCGUCUGCUCAAAUGCAUCCACCUGGAACACCAAUUAUUGUGUUUCGACCGGAUAAGGCACGAUCGAACGAACCAGAUGAGACUUAUAUGGGAAGUUUAACGAACUAUGAUGAAAUGAAUAUUUGGAUAUCUGAGAAAUGUGUGCCACUUGUACGAGAGAUCACAUUUGAGAAUGCUGAAGAAUUGACGGAAGAAGGAUUACCAUUUUUAAUUUUAUUCCAUGCACCAGAUGACUUGGAAAUCAUUAAAAAGUUUAAUGAUUUAGUCCAAAAUGAGCUGUUAUCAGAAAAACAGAAUGUGAAUUUCUUAACCGCUGAUGGUAAAAAAUUUGCACAUCCAUUACAUCAUUUGGGUAAAUCACAAAGUGAUUUACCAUUAAUAGCAAUCGACAGUUUCCGGCAUAUGUAUUUGUUUCCUGAUAUUAAGGAAAUGGAUAAACCAGGACGAUUAAAACAAUUUUUACAAGAUUUAUACUCGGGUAAAUUACAUCGUGAAUUCCAUUAUGGUCCUGAUGAUCCAACAGAAACCAACGAAAUUGGUUCAGAUAAAGAGAAACGGCCUACAACACCACCAGAAUCAUCGUUUAAAAAUCUAGCUCCAUCCAAGAACAGAUACACAUUACUACGUGACGAAUUGUAGAAUGUAGAGAUACAACUUUGUUUAUGUGCGUUGAAAUGUGUGUGCGUGUGUGUGUGUUGUUUUUUUUUAAAUUGGACAAAAAAAAUGUAAAAUAAUUGUAAAUGAAAAUGUUUCUCUUUUUU